CCCUAACCCUAACCCUAACCCUGGUGGGGGCGUCACUCUGGCGGGUUGUUGAUUGGACCGUGCCAUCCUAAUUCCUGUCCCAUUCCCCUAACCCUAACCAUAACCCUCUACAACCUAACCCUAACCCUAACCCUAACCCUAAACCUAAACCUAACCCCACUAUGGUAGGGGCCUAAACCUAACCCCACUAUGGUAGGUGCCUAAAAGCUAACCUUGUUAUAACCUGUAUCACAGUUUUUUCAAGGAAUAAGUAUUAGGUUAUAAAAUAUGUUGGGUCACAAUUAUGGGUCUAGGGAUGAAGUUCUCUGCCACCUAAUUAUGUCUUUUCUAUAUUCCAUGGGGAUAGAGCAUAAUUUAAGGUGAUUUAUAUUAUAUUUUAGUCAUUAUUUGUGCAUUAGGCAGUGUUAUUUUGAUUGAGAUGCAGUGCACUGUAGUCACUGGUUUUAUCCACCAGAUGGCACACGCAUAAUAUACAGACAGGACGCUUCAGGAAGCUGUUUUUUUCCACUGAGUGUCAUUAGACUACAUUACUCAUAAUGCAUGUCUCCUGCUUGACCAAUCGGCGGCAGGCAGUUCUGGUCUCUCUUCCUGCCUCGAAGAAAAGUUUGUCAUAAGCCCGGAGUGUUGAUGAAAGCAGAUUCCCGACCUCUAGUAAGCUUUUUGAACUUUUUCUUUAGACUAUUUUCUGUGACUUAUCUCGCCUGAUGAAGGUUUAAUGCCGAAACGUUGCUAGGAUUUGUCACAGUUGAUAUUUGCAAAUAAAUAGUACUAUUUUUUCGAAAUUUGAAUUUUUCAUUUUUCUAUUUUAUCUGCCCAUUGACACAUUGACAAAAUACCUCCGCAUUGCCUGCUUUACAUUUUUAACAAUGUCCGGGUUUUAUAAAAGUCAAAACCCUUCGUUCAUGGCUUGUGGCAAUAACACAAGCCAUGCGGCGCCACCAUUUUGGCUAACUGCCAGCGCCGAUGAAGAAGGGCGCGGCCUCAACUCUGUGUCGCGCUCUGGCCAAUCAGAUGAAGAUGGGCGUGGCCGAAACUCUGAGUCACGCCCCGGCCAAACAGCAGGCAAUAACAAUCAGAACGGAGAUGGGCUCCAAGACAACAAUUUCGGCCUCAAAAUUAAAUGCAUGCAAAACAUCAUCACGGUUUUGCAUCAUUUGGAAAACAUUAAUAAGUCUGAACAGCCACAGACUAUUUUUAAAAUGGCAAAUGCACUGGCCAAUAGGAUCAGGCCUGCAUUAAACAAUGCCGACACACAGGCUUGUAUUGCUAUUAAUGCCAAAAAUUGGGCAGAGGCUACAAUGGACAUUUUAAAGAAGCAUUACAUAAUAUCAUUGCAAAUUGUGAAGGACGAGCUGACUCCUGUAAUUGGCUACAACUGGAGGUCCUCCUUUUUUAUUGCUUCUAACUGGGCCAGAAAAAAGUUUGGCACAAAGAUGACCUUUGACACCCUACAACUGGCAGAGAGCCAAAUAGCUUCGCUGGUGGUGACACCCAAAGGCCACAACGCACGAGCUGUUCCAUCAGGACGGAGCGAUGGCGCCGGGGCGAAGACGCCUGUCUCUGCAUCCCAGAUUCCUCAGGCCAUGGUGGAGAUUGGCGGCGAGUUCCCUCCUCCUUCCUGCUUGGCGCCGGCUGUCCUGAUGUCUCCGCAGUCCGACACACACGCAGAAGCUUCCUGCUCCGCUCCUGUGACGCAAGACGGCAGACGAAGGCGAGAAUGCAGAUGGCCCGCGACCUGAGACGGAGAGGACGAGACGACUGAGCGCUGAACGCAUCGUGCCUCCUGACCACAGCUCGCGCACACCCGUCGGUGUCCAGCCAGCCACAGAGGUCGGUGCGGUGACUUGGAGGUUCCCCACUGACGGGCUGACACGCUGGUUCCAAAGAUGGACGGGCCUACCACACAAUCCCCAUAUUUCGGGUUGGUGUCUAAAUGGGGAGCAAGUGGUCUAAUUUUGUGGAUGUUGUCUGGUUUGCCUCCUUCAGGGACUUCCGGGGGGUUCUGCGUCUGGCGGAGCCCAACUUGGCGGAGGGUUGAUUGGACUGCGCACAUUCCCUUCCCCUUUUCUCUCUCUCUCUCUCUCUCUCUCUCUCUCUCUCUCUCUCUCUCUCUCUCUCUCUCUCUCUCUCUCUCUCUCUCUCUCUCUCUGUCUCUCUCUCUAUCUCACCCCCAAAACCUAACCCUAACCCAACCUAACCCUCCCCCAAACCCUAACCCUAACCCUAAAUCCUUACCAUAAACCAAACCCUAACCCUAACCCCCACCGUUCCAUUUCCUGUACAAAUCACACAUGCAAAAAAUUGACAAUGUUUUUGAUGGACUACUGUCACUAUUAUGCUACUUUUUGCAUUUUGUCUUGGAGCCACAGAGAUGCUAAUUUUAUAUCCUUUGUAAAAAUUGUUUUACAACUUCCUCUGUCGCCUGGUUAUGUGUCUUUUUAGAAUCCA